AUGGCUACAACUAAACUUGUCGGUUUUGUGUUCUUUGCUUUCUUGGGUUUAGCUGCAUGCUCUGCCGCUCGAACACUCCUCACUACUCCCAAGGGCGAUGUCAGCUCUGGUCUAGGUCAGGGCAACCACGAUGUUGCUGCUGGAGGUUAUGGCGGUGGAGGAGAAGCUGGUGGUGAGAAUGGUGCAGGUGUUGGUGCCGGAUAUGGAGCUGCUGAAGGAGGGGGGCGUGGUGGUGCAAGUGGAAAUGGCUACGGGGAAGGAGGAGGUGCUGGGGACGGCGGAAAUGUAGGAAGCACUAGUAGUGGAGGAAGUGAAGGCUGUGGCACUGGAGGUGGUAGUGGUGGAGGCGGAGUCGGUGGUGCAACGGGAUCUGGCAGUGAAAAUGGUGGAGCUGGAGGAUAUGGAGGCGGAAGUGGCGGUGGCAUCGGAGGAGGGGGCUCAGGAGGAACACAAGGAGAAGGAUCAAAUGGGAGUGGCCAAGGAGUUGGUGCAGGAUAUGGUACUGGAGGCGGUGGUGGAAGUGGAAGUGAGGGCGGCAGUGGAGGCGGUGCUGGAGGAGGUGAAGGAGUUGGAGGCGGAUACGGCGGUGGAGGAAAAAAUAGUGGAGGAUAUGGAGGCGGAGGUGGCAGUGGCAUCGGAGGAGGAGGUUCAGGAGGAACACAAGGGGAAGGAUCAAAUGGAAGUGGCCAAGGAGUUGGUGCAGGAUAUGGUACUGGGGGCGGUGAUGGAGGUGGAAGUGAGAGCGGCAGUGGAGCUGGUGCUGGAGGAGGAUACGGUGGCGGCGCAGGUGUCGGAUUUGGAGCUGGCCGCGGAAUUGGCGUAGGUGGUGGAUAUUAA